AUGGGGAACAACGGACCUACUGACGAUGUUGAAGAGAAAGAACACUUUCAGAGAAUCGUUAACGCUUUCCGUUAUUACAGGUCUUUUUCGUUGCAACGCUUAGCCACUUCAGAAGCUUACGUCUCGUCUCUCCCCAGCCACCAUCAAACUUUACUCACUAGCUAUCGUUCUCACUUGGAAGACAUUAGGACUUGUGUAGAGCACAACUACGAAAUCAUCAAACUUAUCACGGCAGAUGUUGCUACGCUGUUUGAAAAUGUCAAACAUGAUGCUGGUCAAGUCAAGUCCAAGGUUCAUCCAACCAUGAGUGAUAUGGAAAAGGUCCAAUCUACGCUGAAGCAAAUUGUAAGGGACUGGAGUAAAGAUGGGGAGGAAGAAAGGUCUGCGUGCUAUAACCCCAUUAUUGAAGAAAUUGAAUUAAAUUUCCCACCUGCUCAGAGGCCCUCGGAACAAGUACAAAUUUUGGUUCCCGGUGCAGGACUUGGACGACUGGCGUUUGAGAUAGCCAAAAGAGGUUACAGCUGUCAAGGCAAUGAGUUCAGUCUCUUCAUGCUGUUCGCCUCCAACUUCGUCUUGAACAAAUGUCAGGGGGUCGAGACUUUUCGUGUUUAUCCAUGGACGCAACAGUUCGUCAAUACUUUAUCAGCUGCUGACGUAACCAGAGGGUCUUCCUUCCCUGAUCUUGAUCCAUCAUCACUCCCACGCCAUGCUCAGUUUUCCAUGGCAGCGGGCGAUUUCCUCGAAGUAGACGUCAAUCGUUGUCCCCAUUUCAUUAAAAAUAUCUGA